AUGGAUUACGAUGGUAGCAAUCGUCGUGUUCUGCUAGACAAAUCGCAUCUCGAAAAUCCGCAAGGAUGGCGGGACUCUAAAUCGACGUCCAACGUUUCCAAUUACGAAGUGGUUCUAUCGCAACUAGGCGAAUCGCUCAAGGUGUACAGCAAGGAAAGGCAGGAAGGCACAAAUGCCUGUUCAGUUCACCAUGGCGGCUGCAAGGAGCUUUGUCUAUUUAAUGGUUCCAGCGCUGUUUGUGCCUGCGCCCACGGUCAAGUUAGUGCCGAUGGACGGGCCUAUAAAGAAUUUGAAGCUUUCGUUGUCUACUCGAGGAUGACACAAAUAGAUUCGAUUCACAUUAGCGACGCUAACAAUUUUAACGCCCCAUUUCCCAGCAUUGAAUCCAAGGAGCAUAUCCGUAACGUCAUUGGUCUCGGUGACGACUACCAGCGACGUUUAACCUGUUCUCUCAAUCCCGACGAAGAUCUCAAACCCACUUUACUUUGCCAAGAAGAGUUCUAUGGCGUACGCUGCCAGACGUUAGGCAGUGAUAUAAAUAAUUCCAGUAGUCAAUCAAGCAGCGGCAAAUCGUCAAUUAAUGGCACAGUUACCGCCAUCGUCGUUGUCUUCGUCAUCAUUGCCGUGCUGAUCCCAGCGGCCAAAGCAGCAAUAACCGUCAUGCGAAAGCGUCGAAGGGGACAGCCUUUCAUGCACGUGAGAAUACAAAGCCAAAAAAAUGUGGAAAUCAGUAACCCUAUGUAUUUGAGAGAGGAUGCUGACGAAGACGUGGAGUCUUUGGAUCCUACUUUUAUGAUCCCUAGCAAUAAGGCGACCAACUUUGCUAAUUCUGUCUACGAGUCGAUGUACAACGACGCAGCGGCGGGUAGUAGCGUCAACGAGGAAAAGAAAGGAUUGCUUCACAGUGAACCGUCACAUCCCCUUGAACCCCAUAAGAAUCAUCCUUUGGUCGAAAGUAGUGAAUCUUUUACGUAAAUAUGUUUUUCAAUUAUUAUUUUAUUUUUCAUCCUGUCUCUGGCGGUUUUUUGAUUCGCAAACGACAAAGCCACCAUCCAAAUGUAUUGGCCAGCUCUGUUGAGCUAAAUUAGUUUGUGGCUGGUCAUACCUGUCCAGUAGGAGAUGAUCUCCAUUAUUAAAAAUAAUUUGAUCGCCACGCUGAGUGCGUUUCUGAUAAUUUAAUUUUUUUUUUCCGUUCAAAUUGCACGAUGUUCAAGUUGUUGGCGCCAGUUGUGCUUCGUCAAUGAAGCUUUGGCGAUGUCGUCAGCUGCUCAAAACUAUACACAAAUUGUAUCAUAUCUUUUCGCGUAACUGGGCAGCAAUUAUUUGGCCAAUGUGAUAUCCCUUUUGUCUAUUUCACGGAUGCUCUGCAGGCACCUCGGGUGACAUUGGGCAAAACUAAGUGGGACUUUAUUCAUCCUUUUAACCGGACACAUUUUUUAAAAAAUUUAUCAUUUUCCCUUUGAUUUGAUUUUCUUUUCAAGUG